AUGUUAAACUCACAGUCUCUGAGUAUUUUUUUCAAUCGUGCAACAAAACCGUUACGUUCAAGUACUCAUAAAAAUGCUUUAUCCGGAGCUAAAGAUCCUCAAAAAAAAAUACAGUGCAAUAGUGAUGCAUCUCAAAGUGAACGUGAAAAACAAGCGUUAGUAUUUCGAUCAUUAGAUGCUUUGUCAACAUCUAACAAUGAUUCUUUGCUACAAAGCAAAAAUAACUCUUCUGUUAUUGUCGCAAAUUGCGGUGGUUGUGAUUGCUCUGCUUUUAUCAUUCUUAAUCUACGAAUAAUUCAUUACAAAAAUAAUAUAAAAUUUAUAUUGUCAAUUCAGAGUAAAAUUACAGUUGUCGGAACACAAUUAAGAAAUGGGAAGGAAAAGUAUGCACUUUGGUUGAUUGGCAUCACGCCUGAUCCAGCUAUAUCUUCAACUAAGCCUAGGAUUAUUUCAUAUGAAUAUAAGUAA